CAGGUGACUUCUUACUGCCUAUCAUUCACUGUCAGCAGACACUUACCCACAAUGCCCAUCACAGACCUCAGUGUGUCCAUUAAUCCAACUGAUGAGAGCAAUCUCCAAUCUCAAGACUUCAGGAUGGUCAAUGUCAACCUGAACAAAAGAGGAGGAGGAAAUGCCAUCUAUCUUUGGUACAAACAAGAUUCUGGCUCAGGAGCAAUCACCAGGGUUCAAGUCUCAUUCAGCGAUGAAAUGUCUGUUGGAUUGAGAAAAGCAGGGUACAUACAGAUCGACAGAGAUCUCAAUGCAGGAUCAACACGUGGUCCCGUCUACCUUUGGUACUUCAGAGGGUCCGGAAAGUACCACACUCCCAUAGUGGAGAUUGAUGUCACCACCGAGGCAGCCAAUGAAGCCGGGAAGUUUGAUUUUGGCUGGGAGAGAGUGGCCUGUGAUCUGAACCGUGGGGCCACUGGGGACUGGAUCCACAUCUGGCUGAAGAGAGAGAACCCAACAUACAUCUGUGAUGUGGCUGCCACUGACUCCUACGGAUCAGACACCGACUACCUAAAAGGAGGUUACAUCCGUGUGGAUGAAGAUACUAACCGAGGUGCUCGAGGAGGAGGAAAGCCUGUCUUCAUCUGGUUCCGUCAGACCACCGACUCCCAGGGUGCAGUCAAUGAUCUGAAAGUCUCCACCAAUAAAACCGACUAUCUGGCCUACCAGCAGCAACAGUAUUCAUCAGUGAAUAUUAACCUGAAUGAGGGGAGCAGUGGUGACAAGGUGACCCUGUGGUUCAAGAAGGGAUCCAACAACCCCAUCCAGGCCAUCACCCUGCUUCUCAACAAAGCUUUGAUUGAGAAUUAUCGCAAAGCUGGUCUCACUGUGAUUGAAGAGGAUCUCAACACAGGCAAUGGUGGAUGGCUUGAGUACCUGUGUUACUACAAUAAGUGAAAUCCUGAGAAAGCCUUCUUCAUGGCAGCAGAGCUGAGAAUUCUCAACACUCUCUGAGGUGCAAAGCAAAGUCCAACAAAGUUGUUUAAUCAUUUUGGUGAUGGCCUCUUUAACUUUUUUCACUUUUUCUUCAAUAUAUAAAACAAUAUGAUUAAUUAUAUGACAGUAAUACUACUGGUGAUAUCAGACAGCAUGGAUGGUGUAUGGGAUCUACCGGUAAACUUGAUGUUAAUGAAAUCAAUCAAACAAUUUCAAAUGGCAAUUUUUCAACAAUGAUGUUAAUGACAGAUUGAAUAUUAAGGCUCUGUAUCACUUUAUUCUGCACAUUUCCUGCUUUUCAAUAAAGACAACUUUGCAUGUGAAGUGUGUU